UGCAGGGUCUGGCCAUGUUACCAAUGCGGUGUAUGUACUAUCUGCUCGAGGUAGUGCGUAGUGCCAGGUAGUGCGAGGUGGCGAGUGGCGUUUUCUCGUUUGUUCCGCGCGUCCGGAUUACGACCGGACGCGACACAUAUACGUAAACGUCGUUGAUCAUGAUAGCGCGUACCCGAUCCGGCGGCUGCGUCACGUGUACGUGCCUGGUGUUACAAGAUUGAAAUUAUCCUUCGCGCGAGAGAGGUGUCAAAAAGUCUGGAAUAGAGAGAAGGUAGAAAGAGCGUCAAAACAGUACAAUUUACACGCGAGAGAGAGAUAGAGAGAGAGAGAGAGACGGGAGUUCUCGAGCAAGUGUUAUUAUUCGCCAAUAAUGUGUCCCGAAACGGCGACCGCGGCUCGUCGCCGUCGAACGAGUAAGGACGCCCGGACGAACGAAGCCAUCGUCAUCACGUCGAGCUCCCGAUGCGACGUUGGACGCGGAUGAGAAACGGCGCUUUGCGUCUUCGUGGACUAGCGGAGGCGCUGCGAACGACGACCGCAAGCAGUGUGCGAUAUUUCCUGCGUGUGAGGUAAAGGUACAAUGGCUGACGACCGAAAUAACCAGCGGAGCUUCGUCAGGCAGCCACACGGAGUAGGUCACACGUCUCCCCCGCCGCCAGCACCGGGGCCAAGUUCGGGCCUCGGUUCGGACAGUUCGGCGUCUCCCCGUUCCGUUCAGAAGGAGAAUUCUCCGCCUCGCGGUCCUCGGACUCUGCUGCUCAGACGUAGCGAGAACGGCUAUGGAUUCACGCUGCGACACUUCAUCGUUUAUCCGCCCGAGGCCUGCUGUAUGUUGCCGGGACACGAGAGGACGAAAAUCGACGAGCCGAUGGACACGAUCUUCGUGAAGCAGGUGCGGGAGGAUUCACCGGCGGCUGAGGCUGGAUUGCGUACCGGUGACCGCGUAGUUUCCGUUGACGGAAUGCCCACACGGGGCGAGCAGUACGCCAGCGUGGUGCAACGCAUUCAACAGGCGGGACCAUGGUUACGUCUUCUUGUCGUGUCCAAGGAAGACGAUAUUUUGCAAAAAUAUUUCGGUGACACGGCACACAAUCCUGAGACGAAUCCACGGCCGCGAUUGCGUUCUCCGGAGAGAAGUUUGUCGCAGAAGCAACGCAGAUCGGUCAGCAGCAUGAUCCCGGGUCCGUCGGCAAGAACACGGCAGGUGUCCUGGGUCUGUUCUUUGUCAUCCGACAGUCCAGGUCAUCACGAAGAAGCGAUCUGUAGGAAUCAGCAACCCGUCUACGCGGACAGCAGGAUGCCUAUGUCCCAAAUUCAAUCGAUGGCGGAAAAUCAGAUGACGAAUACGUCGCAGCAGCAACGAGACGACGCGAGCGCGACUUACGAUCUCUCGGAAGAGUCGAAAAUUUCGGGAAGAAAGUUGUCGCACGAAGACGCCGUUAAACAGAGCGGUCGUUCGUCACAGGACUCGAGAUACGAUUUGUACGAUAGAACGCGAUCCGAGUCGGUUUAUUCGCGACCGAGUAACGAACAGCUCUACGACAGGAUCAACGAUCCGAUUUACGAGCGUGUGCGCAUUAGCGAGCAUCAUCCGCAGCAACAUUAUUAUCAGCCGUCUCUGCUGCGAUAUCCGGUAUCGCAGGCGGAACCGCAGGUACCGAUCUAUCGGCCGGUUAAGCGAAUUGUGGCACGGCGCGCCAGUGAGGGCAGCGGAACCAAUGAUUCCGAGACCGCGAGCUACGGUAGUAUCGAUCUCCUUAGAUCGAACGACUCUAGCAGACUUAGUAUAGAAUCGAGACGGGACUCGUCGCCUGCCGCCAGCAAGGAAAGCAUGUCUCCCUACGAUUCUAAUUCGACUCUCACCGGCAACGAGUGUUCGGACGAUUCCGUCAUCAUGAACAGACUCCGCAAGAGCUUCGAGCAGAAGGCCGAAUUCUUGCGACGGCCGAGUCACCCUAUCGGCUGGUCGUCUGAAUCGAUGCCACCGUCACUGCCAGGUAUUAACCAAGCCGCGGUGAUUCAGAGAGAAUUCUACGCGAGACCGCAAAAACUGCAGAGACCGAUCUGGCCGCCUGGUCAGAACGAGCAACAACAGAGGCAACAGUCGCCCACGAGGAGAUCUUCUCAGGAGAGAAAUCACACUCCCAGACCUGCCGCGAAUCUGAUGAACAAACCGUCGAAUCAGAGUGUGCAGAGGAUAAAGGACGUGGACUCCGAGUACGUUAAGUCGUCGCGAAGCGAUCAUCAGCUCGGCGACAAUCAGUCCACUUCUGGAGAUCACUAUCCUUACUCGUCGCUCGUUUACGACAACGAAGUCGCGAAAGAGCAGCAAUAUCGAGGCAAAACUAAUUUCGUCAACAUUCUGUCGAGGAUACAAGAGAACACUAGCACGAAUCAGCAACAAACGUCGCAAGAAGUGAGAAACGGUUCUUCGUCGCUGCCGUCUUCGCCAGGACCGGACAAGAAAGCCGACACUAGGUUUCCGGUUCCGCCACAGGGUCUGCAGAUCGUCUCGAGACGUGCCAAACAAUUCGAAACCGGUCGUUUGCUGAGCGACGAGGACGAACCCGCUGGCGAUCGAACGAAUCUUUACAAGAGUGAGUUGUCCAGAUUGUCGAACAAGAAAAGCGUGCCGAAUGUGGCUGUGCGAAAACGAGAGUUCGAGUCCAAGGCCGAGAGCCAAGAACUGAGAAGAAUACCGGCCAGAGAAACCAAGUCUCUCGAUACUGGUGCAGUAUUAACAGGCAACAGAAUAAUUCCUAUAGGCAGCAGGCAUAUCCAUUGCGAACCACCGGCUGACUAUAAAGAGAGUAAAGAUUUGCCUACUGUGGAGACAGACUCAGUACGCCUGAGAGCACGUAGCAACAGCGCGGAAUCAUGGGAAACCACGAACGGGCCGGUGACAAGAAGCAGCACCAGACACACGUGGCAAACCGCCGAGGAGGAAAGCGAGGACAACAAUAAAGAUCCCUGCAAACUGGAGAAUUAUUUGCAGUCAACCAAACUACAAGUCGCGCCGGUCAAUGGUUCUUCGCACAACGUCUCGACCAAUAACGUCGUACUUAGACGACAGAAGAAUGCACAGAUCAGUGACGAAGAUCGCGCCACCAGACGAGUUUCGUAUUUGAAAGCUACGUGGGGCGAGCGAAUGCACGUUGACAGUGACUUAGAGCUGAGCGAUUCUGAACCCGUUCAUAUUCACAGAAGUGCACAUAGACGAUGGCGGCCGCCGUUAUUUCCGAGCGACAUAACGCCUCUGCGACGCAUUUUUGAAGAUAUGACGCAGGCCGCAUCCUUACAUCGAAACUCUCAUCAUCGCAACAGUAUCACUGCCGCACAUAAUGCGUCGAACAGCUGCGACGGAACCGCAAAGGAUAUCGAACCAGUGGAACGAGAGGGUACCCUUCAUGUUAAAUUUACAGUGCUCGAUGGCAAGCGAUCUACCGAUCGUUCCUGGAAGCAGGUCUGGGGUGUUCUCCGCGGUCCUAUAAUAUAUUUUUACAAGGAUCGUCAUAGUCAGCAGAGUCCUUCGUUGAGUACCGAGAAUGAGCCAAACGCGGUGCAAAACGUCGAUGUUAGAUGUUCUGUGGUUGACGUCGCCGAGGAUUACACGAAGCGGAAACACGUGCUGCGAGUAGCGAAUCCCACAGCGGAAGUGCUUCUACAGACCGAGGACGCGUCAUCUAUGGCCCUCUGGUUGAGAUCACUUCAUUCUCACGCCGCUGCAGAAAGAUCAUCCGACGCUUUAUCCUGCACGUUAAAGCAACAGGCCGUUCCGCAAACGCCAACGGGUCCCGCGAUUUCUAGCGGUGUUCCCCCGAGCAACGGCCAAAGAUUGAGUCCUCUGCCGAGCCACAAGGGCAUUAAAAAAUUAACAUCGUUCAGAAACCGAUCGCCGACGGGUCAGUCGCCUGUGAACAAAACGCGCAAACCGAGCCAAGUGAUAGAACCUCUACCCUCGCCUAAAUCGAAAACUUGGAAGGGAAGAGUGGCGAAACAAUUCAGAAAAAUGCACGGUCAGACCGGCGGCGGCGCGCCUUCCUCGCCUACGGCGCAGUUGCCGCCCGAAGGAGCUACCUUCAAAGUACCUCUCGAGCUCUGUCCACCGUCUUCGUUCUCCGAAUACGUGCCGCUGAUCGUCGAGAUGUGCACGAGCAUCGUGGAGGCGAGAGGUCUCGAAGUCGUAGGAAUCUACAGAGUACCUGGAAACACCGCCGCUAUCUCCCAACUCACGGAUAGCGUCAAUCGAGGAUUCGAGAAUAUCAAUCUCCAGGAUCCACGAUGGAGCGACGUCAAUGUGAUAUCGUCGUUGCUGAAGUCGUUCUUCCGUCAACUUCCCGAUUCUUUGCUCACAGCAGAACUGUAUCCCAUGUUCAUCGACGCCGAUAAGAUAGAGGAUCCUCAGAGAAGAAUGACCACAAUACGGAAGCUACUGCGAGAUCUUCCGGAGCAUCACUUCGAAACGCUUAAAUACUUAAUGCAGCACCUAAAGAAAAUAGUGGAGCAUAGCGAGAUCAACAAAAUGGAAGGCAAGAACUUGGCCAUUGUCUUUGGACCAACAUUGGUGCGAGCGAGUGGUUCGAGAGACAACAUGGUCACCAUGGUUAACGAUAUGUCCCAUCAGUGUAGAAUAGUCGAGAGUCUACUCAAUAACGUCGAUUGGUUCUUUUCGGAAGACGAUUUGGACGAUUUGAGCAGAUUGAGCGUAAAUUUGAGCCUGCCAACCGACAGUUGCGAAGUCGAACCGACGUCUAACACUAAUCACAAUCUUCUACUGAGUAAUAUCCAAAAAGUCGAAGGUAUACGUGGCGACAUGGCAUCCGCUAGGGAUAUUGUAUCCUCUAUCAUAUCCGCGGCUAAUAAAAAAAUACAAAGAAGACGAAAGACUCAAGAAGAAGUUGACGAGCACGAUAACGAUAAGGCCAAAACAAAGCAAGAGUCAGAGAGUUCGCCGACAAUUCGACAAAGCAUGGCUCUAAAUGAACGUCAGUGUUCCGUCAGCGAGAUCGUACAGAUGCACGAAAGCAAAUCCCAACCGAAUCAUUCUACUGAUUGCGCCGAUCGAUCCUUAUCGGUUGACGCUAACAACAGCAGUUUGUCCAACGGGACGUCGCCGUUGAAUCGUUUCAAGUACGCGAAUCACUCCGCGCCGGCGUCCGUGGACUCAUCGAGACUGUCGACCGAGACCAAUCCAUGUUUGGCGGAAACGAGCUCCACCGCAUCCAGUGCGUCCAAUCAGACGAAGCAGAGUAACGACGAGGUUGCGAUUGUAACGUACGCCGGCUUGAGCGCGACCACGCAGGAGAGAGUACGAAGGUUCGAGGAAGAAACGAAAGCGAUGCUGCAACGAGAUCAGCAUAGACAGAGACUCGAGGCCGAGAAAAGAGAGGAGGAGAAACGGAGAAUCGAAAUAGAGUGGCAAUUGGCGAAACGGGAAAUGGAGAACGACGAUUUGCUCGACAACAUAGUCGACACUACGGUGUCGCCGAAUCUUUUGUCGGAACAUCUGUCGAGCCUGAACGAGAGACUGACCGACACAUCGUUAGCGGAACUGUCUGAGAGAAACGCCAGAUCGCAAUCCAUCGCGAGGCCGCAUCUAUCGAUAGCCGUGCAGCAGCAACCCACGAUACAUCAAAAAGCGCAAGCUACCAAUCAACUGACCAGCGUAUUAGGUGAGAAGAUGAACAACGGCGUCAUAAAAAAAUUCAAGACGGAUAAAGAUCCGUCGAUGGAAUCGAUCUGUUUGCCGCCGGUUCGAUACGGGAGUCUGGAUUCUCUUCACGAAGUUAAUAAUUUUUCGCAGUCUUCUCCGUCACCGUCGCAACGAGGUGUUCCCGGCGACGUCUCGGACGAUGGUAGCGAUCUUCUGACCAGCCUCACGACCACGUUCGAUCGCAAAUGGAGGUCUCUUGUCAGUCAAUCGUCGAGCCAAACGCAGCCUCUCACGGAAUCCGUAAUCUGCAACAAAGACGACACCGCGGAACAGCAGGAGCAAAAAUCUAACGCGCCUCUCAAGUUCAAAUAUCUCUCCACGGAAGCUUAUCGCGAUCCCAGUCUUCACAAGUCGCUUGACAAGAAUCAUCUUUCCCGUUCCAAAAAUGACGAGAAAGACAUUGACUCAACUGUAACUGACAACGCGAUGCAUCUCUCGGAAUCUAUCAUCACACCGAAUAACGACCGCAGUUUAAACGACAAGCAUGAGAAAACGUUGACGGAGAAACUCCGUCAAUCGUCGGACGCAAACGAGAAGGACGAGGAUCAGAAAAAUACGAACGAGGAAGAAGAUCGUUUGGGAAAUUCGAAACAUUACGAGUUGACGAGCGAGAAAGACGUCGAGAAAAAUGACAAAUCGUCUGUCAUCAACGACGUCGACACGAAACUGGAAGACGGUAGCGUCAAAAAUCGUCACUACGAGAUCGGAGAUGCCAGUUACUCGAACAAGCUCAAGAAGUUCGAAAGCCUGACGAAUUCCGAGGCGAGAUCCCGCCUCAAACGAUCGGAAUCUCUUAAUAAGAGAACAUCGGAAUGCACCACCUCGCGAUUGAAGAGAUCGGAAAGUUUGAAUAAACACUCGACCGAGAGACUGCCGCAGCUCAAACGAUCGGAAAGUUUGAAUAAACACUCGAGCGACAGGUCGGAGUCACCGGGCAGCAAAUUGAAACGCUCGGAAUCGCUGACGAAGACUGAGAAAACCGAGUGCAACAUCAGCAAGCGACGGCAGUCGGUGCGAAAAGACAGCGCUACGAAACUGAAGCGAAAGAACGGGAUGUCGGAGCGAUCGAUCAAGCGAAGACACACGGUAGGCGGUACCAAGGACUUCGACAAGGUGCACUGGCUCGAUAAUAAACUACAAUCCGAGACCGAGAGGAUCAUAAGAAACGAUUAUAGACCGAAGAAGAGUCAGUUCAGAACGAGCUCGCCCGACCUCAGCACCAAUCGAAUCGGCAUGGCUGACACGAGUUUUCUGAUCGAGGUGAGCUUUCGCGGCCCCAGCAACGUCGUUUUCAACGUAACCAACGCCGCUCGUCCGCAAUCAUUGCCGGACGCGAGUCUCGCAUCCAAAGUUUUCAAGGUGCCUCUUGAGAGUCAUGUGUAAUAAUAAUAAUGAAAAAAAAAAAAAAAAAAGGCAAAUUAAUUAUUCGACACAUCUCUGUUCUCAGUUUUUUAAGCGAUAUCCACAGUAAUAAGCUCUGAUUUAUAUUAAAUUUACAAAAAACUACGCCAUAUCACGUUUGUAUACCUGACACGAAAAAAAAAAAACACGUAAAUAAAUACUUAUUGGAUCUGUGUAUCUACAAUUUAUAUAAGUUUGUACGCCGAAAACGUCGACAUUGUUCCAUCAAUCAUGUUACUCGCCCAAGUGCCAAAGAGCCAUUCAUUGACCACUCUAAUUAUAAUUGUUAUCAUUCAAAGCGACGCUGUCGACAAUUCAUUGCCACAUUGCUGACAUUUGCGUUAGAACGAAUCGAAUAGUAAAAGGAGAGAGCAUGCCUCGUGUGUACAGACCGGUACAACAGAUCCGAUUCGUUUUUGUAUUAUUAGAGGUCACAACA